AUGAUUAAGCAUCAUUUAAAAUUCAAAAUUCCAAAAUAAGAAGUGAUUUAAGUUAAAAAUCAAACAAAAUCCUCUUUCUACAUAACUAGGAGGAUAAUUUAAACGAAUAGUGAUAAUGCAAUUCAUGUUAUGAAUAAUAAAGUAGUAGAUUAAGUAAUUAAUCAUAAAAAAAAAAAUCCUGUUUCUUCAAGAGCCUAUACUAUAUCUCAUUAUAGAUCUUAUUCAACAACUCCCACCAAUAUAAAAGGAUAGUAACAGUCAUAAAAUUUGGAUGAACAAGUGCAAUUCUUUAAUUCAGAAAGAUAAUAAUCGAUUAGCGUAUUAUCGUCUUAAUUUAAAAUCGCUACUUCACCUAAGCCUAUUCGAGUUGUGUCACUCUAUUAAAUAUCCCCUUUAUAAGAACCUAAAAGUAAUCCACUUGUUUAUUAGGAUAAACAGUAUUUUUAUUCUCAAUUUCAUUCGGCCAAGAUAGUUAAUUUUAAUCAACAAGAUUAAAAGUUUAAUUAAAAUGAUGAUGAUUUUAUAUGUCAGAAUUCCUUUAUUAUGAAUAAAAGAGCUAAAAAUAAAUCAUAAAUAUUCGUCAAUGUAACUUAUAAGGAUUUUGAAAAGAAAUCAAAAUAUGUAUAUCAGCAAAAUCAAUAAGGGACAUAAAAACAAUAAAUUUUUUUGUAAAAGGUUUUGAAGAUUAUAAAAGAUUCAUAAAAUGAUAAAUCAGAUCCUAAAUUAUUAGUUAGUAAAUUUUCAAAAAUUUGGAAAGAGAAUUUUUCACCUAAAUAGUUUUAGGAGUAAUAAAAGUAUUCAUAAUCUACAAUGCAAUUUAAAUGGUAUUUUAAUUAGUUCAUCGAAAAAAUUCUCAAUCAGUAUCGAUUAUAUUAAUAUAUAAAUAAAAAUUUAGAAUUUAUUGAAACAAAAAAAAAUAAUUAAUUACAAGUAUCUGUUCAUGAAUUAAGAAGAUUUUAUAUUAAAAAUCACAAUAAUAAAAUUACUCACACAUAAAUAGAAGACCAAUAAUUUAGAUACAAAAAAGAAAUUAUUUCAUUUGGAAUGAUAGAUAUUUUGAUUGAAAUAAAAGAUGAGGAGUUUUAAUCAGAAUAUUUUUAGUAAAAUUCAUAGAGAGAAAUUGCUGGAAAAAAAUUAGAAUAUUUUUACUGUGAAAAAAUAUAAGACACUUAAUAAUAUUAGAUAUCUCCAAUAAUUAGCAAAUUGGAUAAUUAAUCAAAAAAUGAAUUAUUGUCUGUGGAUUAUACUGAGAUGGAUAAAAUAAUGAAUUAAAGUAAAAAAGAUUAAUUUGUUCCAAAAAUUUAAUUAGAUAAUGUUGAAAUAAGGAGGUUUAAUUCUAAAAUUACAUAUAUAAAAUAUUCUGAUAUUAUAAUGGGAAAUUAUAAAAAUAAUAAUGAGAUUGUUGACCUUGAACACGAUAAUUAUCAAGAAUACUAACAAUAAUAAGCCACCCUGAAUAUGGAUAAAAAAGCUAUGAUGAUGAAUCUUAGAAAAUAAACCCGAAGAACAAAAGUAUCUGUAUCAAGUUUACAAAAAGAGAAUGAAAUAAUUCAAAAAUAAUUUAUGGCGCCUGGUUAUCGUAAUAAUUUACUUGCUUCUGAAUAAUAACCUAAAAUGAACAUGAAACGAAGUCAAACCAAGUCUAUCCACAGUAUUGCAGAAAGAGAAAUAGAUCAAAGUAAUGAAAUUAUUUAUACAAAUGAGACUAACAAAGGAAAUGCAAUAUUUAAAUGCUAUAGAGAAAAUUUUUAGCCAGUGAAAUAUUAAUAAUAAUUAAAAUUGUAAAAUCUAUAGAUGUUUGAGAAUACGAUGAGGCAUGAAAGUUCAAGUAUCGCCUUAGUGUAAAUGAUGAUAGAGCACAAUUUUAUUGAAGAAUUGAUAGAUUAUAACAAGAAAAAUCCAAAUUUUUCUCUUAAUUCUAGGAAUGCUUAUGGAACACCAUUGAUUAUGGUUGCUGCUCAAUCAGGAAAUAAAGAAUUAGUUUAGUAUAUGAUCAAUUAAAAUGUUUUAUUAAAUGUCAAAGAUUUAGAGGGGAACACAGCACUUCAUUAUGCAAUUAGGUGUGGAUAUUAUGAAAUUGCUGAUCUCUUACUAUUAAAUGGAGCAAAUUAAGAGCUAAACAUUUGA